AGUGUGCCGGCGAGCCUCCCCUUUGCCCAUCAAGGAGAGCCAGCCAAUCAGGCCAGCGCUUGUCGGAGGGGGAUGGUGCCGGGAGGAGGAGUGGAGAGCGAGAGCGCGCGAGGGAGGGAGAGGUGGGCGUGGCCGUUGCCGUCCGUCUGAGAGCGAGGCUGUUGCCUCCUCCCCUGCCCCAUGCCCGUCCCCUCCCCUCCCUCCCCCCUAUCUUUCUCUCUCUCGCUCGCUCUCUCUCCCCUUCGCUACCGGCACAUUCCGCCGCCCUGGGAAGGCCUAAGCCAGCGGUGAGCGACUUGAGCAGGCGAGAGGAGGAGGAGGAGGCCGCCCGGUUUGGCCCGCCAGCCCGCCACCAAGCCAGGCCAGCCAGGGAGACCCGCCGCGGCGCAGAAGGGAAGGCGAGCGAGCGAGGCGAAGGGGCGGAAGCGGUGCCGGGAAGAAGGGGCCCGGCUGGGUCCGGCCUGGGUGUCGACGGAGAAAGAGGAGGGAGGAGAGGCAAGAGGAGAGGCCGCGCUCCCUACCUCCCGCCAUGGCCGACAACGAGAAGCUGGACAACCAACGGCUGAAGAACUUUAAGAACAAAGGCCGAGACCUGGAGGUAGCUCUUCUCCCUCCUUAGCCCGGGCCUAGCAGCCCGCUUCGCGCGAAGGGAGGGGCCGGGUGGGCCGGCAAGCGAGGUCGGGGAUCAGUUCGGACAAGGCCUCCGCCGCAGAGGCGGUUGGCUGUGGCGUCUCUGCUAAUCUCCCGUGGCGAGGCCUACCUACCUCGAGGCGAGGCCUGAGCCCGAGUCGGCCGCUCCGUCAGCGGAGAGACAGGGAAGGCCGGCCGGCGGGUGGGUGGGGUUGGCUGGCUUUCCCUCACGAGGGGACGCGUCGCCACUCCGUACCCGCGGGCUUUGGGAGGGCCCAGGCCUGGCCGCUUCUGCUCGCCGUGGCGAGGAUGCUUCGCGAGGGGGGGGCGUUGGAGGAGAGAGCGGGGCAGGCCUUUUCUGCCUCUCCUUUUCCGUCCUGGGCCUCGGAGUUUCCCGGCAGGCGGGUGGGAAGGGGCAGUAGCUGGGGCCAGGGUUAGCAGAGCGGGAAAUGGGAGGGGGGCAGCAGCCCUGCUGGAGCGGAUGGAGGCGCCCCUCUCUACCCACCCACUCAGCUGCCUGACAUGGAAACUGCCUGUCAGAUGACAUGUUUUCUCUUCUGUUUUCUCUCUCCGCUUCCCGUGACACGCGUUUUCUCCGUAGGAACCAGACUUUGUGAGCUACACACCACGGCAAAAAUAGCUUUUAGGGCGCUACAUGUUUUAUAUAUUUAUAUACACAGUGUGGUUAAGGAGGCUAAUUACAUCGAGUACUGCCAGGUAACACGGUAGUUUGCUUUAUAUAUUUAUAUAUGUGUGUGUGUUUGUGUGUAAAUGUAUAUGUGUGUGUGUGUACACACACACACAAAACUACCGUGUUACCUGGCAGUACUCGAUGUAAUUAGCCUCCUUAGCCACACUGUCACGGUGCAAACAGGCAGAAUACGCAUGCAGCGUUUUAAAAUAUGUAAAACCCAGCCCCAAGUUGACCAUAUUAAAACCAAAUUUUAAUCAGCAUUUCUUCAAAGGUAGCGACUGCUCCCAGAACCAUUCACCUGUGUUCAGCAGAAGCAUGUUCACAUGCAUUUUAUUUAAAUGCUAGUUUAAACUUAAAGCAGUUAAAUGGGAAAUAUUUCCAAGUAUUUUUCACCAAGUUGACAGUCUGUGUCUUCCCUGUGUUUAAAAAUAAAAUAAGAGUAUGACUUCAAGUGUCUUGUCAAAGAUCUGGCUUUGGAUAUAGUCAGCUGUGGAGAGCAAAAGCAUGUAAACAUAAUUACCCCUCUUUUCAGCAGUGUAGAAUAUCAAUACAGGUUGGAGCAGCUCAGGAUUCUGUCCCAAGUUAUACACCACAGUGUAUAACAAUGGUGGUCAGGCUUCUUGGCUAGCUGGUGCCACAAGGCAUGUCUGAAAGCCAGCAUGGUGUAGUCUCUCAGCCUCACUCACCUCACAGUUUGUUGUGGGGGAGGAAGGGAAAGGAGAUUGUUAGCCGCUUUGAGACUCCUUAGGGUAGUGAUAAAGCGGGAUAUCAAAUCCAAACUCCUCUUCUUCUGAGCAUGUGCCAAUUUAUAGCCAAAUGAAUACAUAUGUAACCCCACCCCCUGGUGUGCCAUGAGAUAGUUUGUGCCCCUAGAUGCUGAGCUAUGGAACAUGCAGUCACACAGUUCUGGUGAACAGAUACCCGCCAAUUACGUUGUCUGUGUCACAGAUUGGCCACCCAUGGCACUUAACAUGCAUUUGUUAAGUGCAUGAAAGCAAUAUGUCCCAGUUUAUAUCUCUCUUGCCCCCAGAAUUGCUGGCAGGUAAACAGUCCUUUAGCCUCAACCUCAUCUUUAAAUUGAGAAGAUAGUCACAGUAUAGCUAUUAUUCUAACUUAAAAUUACAAUCCUAUGCAUACACUUGUCUGGAGUAAAUCCCAUUGAAUUCAGUGGGACUUCUGAGUAAAUGUAUAUAAGAUGGCACUUCAUGUUUCAUUUAGAGAGGCCUAAAAAUGACAAUUUUUCCUUAAGUGAAAGUGGUUAAUUGUGUGAGGUUGAUGGAUUUUUUUCAAGAGCCUUGAUCUCUCUGAAAAAACUGUAGUUCCAAGACUUCCCAGAAGAAUUCAUGACUUGUAUAGUGCUGCCCUCUGCUUUGCAUUUUUUCAAAGAAAUAUUGUGUAUUUCUGAAUAAUCAGUUGGGAAAAUAUCAUGAAUUUUUGCCCUUCACCAAUUUACCUGCAUACUUGCCAGCAGCUAGCAUAACUUUUGAAUUCUUCAUAAAUGUCAUGUAUUCUAGGCAGCAACUGCUGAACAUUUUGCAUCUGUUCUGUGAUAUGCUUAUUUAAAGCUUUCAUUCAAAACAUGAAAAAUACUGGAAUUAGUCUGUCAGCUGUUGACAUGGUAACUAUACAGCUUUUUAAAAAGAGGGCUUUCCCACUUUGCUUUUCUGUAGAGUAGGAUUGUACAGCACUCUAUGGGGUGUGGAACUGAAUAUUUCAUGGUAGCCCUAGGUUCCACUUCCCUGCUCUCCUGAAAACAGACCUUCUGCCUGAGUCCUGUGCUCCCAGGACAAAGGGAUCCCCAGUACUGAAUCAAAUUCCUUAGUCAUCCAAAAUCCAUCUGUCUUUGUGACCAUGAUCUGGAUUUACUUACUGUUCUGCUGUUUCUGAAUAGGCACAUUUAACAUAAGCCUUUAUAACACUGCAUUUUACACUGGAUCACUUUUAAUUCUAAUAAGCUUUACAGUUCAAUCCCACGUGUGUUUAUUACUUAGAAUUAAUUCUCAUUGUAUUGUGCUGGGCUUGGUCUCCAAUAAAUAUGUUUAUAAUUGCAAUCCUAGUUUCCAAUGUGCAGUUGGAAAAUCCAACAUAUGAUUUAAUUUUCAGGAGUUUGUAAAACACCCAUUUCUUUCAGAGAUAAAUUUUGAAGCAGUAUUUUUACAGAUAACAUUUGAUCGUUGUGAGAUAAAGUAAUGAAAAGGACAGGGGGAAACAUGAUUUAUGCCAGUGUACAAGAUACCUUCUGUCAUUUUGAAAUUAGUGUCUCUGAGGCUCUGAUUGCCAAAAUAUUCAUGCACUCUGAUCCAAUUAUUUGCUGUGGGUGCAGGAUAUUUGAUGUGCAUUUAGAGCCCCCCUCCAAAAAACUGCAUAUAUUCCUUGAAAAAGCCUAGGAUGCUCAGAUCUACAUUCUCUGGAUUUCUUGGGGUAAUUGAGCACACAUAGAGUUAUGUCACAGUAAUAAGCCCAUUAGGUUAUACAAGAUAACAUAUAUCAGGGGAGCAAAUCAAUAACACAGUUCCACACUACUUAACGGUUAGUGGACUAUGAGUAAACCUAUUUUGUAAAGUCCAAACACAGGCUUUUAAACUAGCUUUGUGUUUUAAACAAUCAGAUGUGUUGUGGAGUUGAACAACCAGCUUGCUGUCUUUUUUUUUUAAUUAUUGGAAUAGUGGGGUUUGGGGUUAAUGGAGGCAGGUCCAAUUAAGUUAGCUGAUGGUACCAAACUGGAAUGGGUAGCUAAUGUGGCAGAAGACAGAAUGUGGAUUCAAGAUGACCAUAACAGAUUGGAGAACUGGACCCAAACUAACAAAAUGAAUUUCAGUUGAGAUGAAUGUAAGGUUCUACACUUAAGCAGGAAGAACCAGCUGCAUAAAUAUAAGAUGGGGACAUCUGGCUUACCGGUAGUACAUGUGAAAAAGACCGGUCUUACUAGACCACAUGCUUAGCUAAUGCUAUUCUAGACUGCAUCAACAGAAGUAUAAUAUCCUUAACAAGGAAAGUUCUGCUUUAAUCUGUCUUGAUCAGACCACACCUGGAGUACUGUGUCCCGUUCUGGGCACCACAACUUAAGGAUAUUAACAAACUGGAAGGUGAUGUGGAGAGGAGGGCAACCAAGAUGAUCAAGGGUCUGGAAACCAUUCUUUAUGAGUAAUGGUUUGAAGGAAUUGGUUAUAUUUGGCCUGGAAAAGAAGAGACUGAGAGGCGAUAUGAUAGCCAUCUUAAGAUAACUAAAGGCUGUCACAUGGAGGAUGGAGCAACCUUGUUUUCUCUUGCUCUGGAGGGUAGGACCCGCACCAAUGGCUUCAAGUUCCAAGAAAGGAAUUUCUGACUAAACAUUAGGAAGAACACUGACAGUAAGAGCUGUUUGACAGUGGUAUGGACAGUGGAACUCCCUCAGGAGCUUGUGAACGCUUCUCCCAUGGAGGUUUUUAAGCAGAGGUUGAAUGGCCUUAUGUCACUGAUGCUUUAGCUGAGAUUCCUGCAUUGCAGGGGGUUGGGCUAGAUGACCCUUGGGGUACAACUCUACAAAUCGGUGUUUCUCUGACAUUGACCUAUAGCAAACCUUUGCUAUAGUGCUCUCCUAAUGCUUGUCAUAGAUGCAUUAUGUAGUGUGAUUUGAAUUUUUUCAAGUGUCAUUAUGCUCAACAGUUCCUUCAGAAGUUGUUCUGCCCUGCUGUCAUCAGCAAAUCCUACUUUUAUAAUGUUGCAGUUCUGUAUUGAUGCUGAAGCUUGGGGACAAUACAUUCUGAAUGUUACACCUCUGAAAUCUCUGCUGGUUUGUAGUUGGAGUGUGGGAAGAUUUAGGACCUUCCUGAAAUACUUUGCUACAUAGUUCGAGUGCAUAUUGAGUGAAAUGUAUCACAGGAUCCUUACAAUAUUUCAGAGGAUGCUGACCCACAUUUCUGAUUACAUGCCGUCAUUGCAAGAGAUCCUGGACAUAAUCUCAGAUCAUGCACUGUUCUUAUUGCUACAUCUAAAAAUACAGUCACCUAAAGCAGUGUUUCCUGACCUGUGGACCCCCAAGAGCAUAGCCUGGGGGGGCAGCUCCCCCCCAUAAGUAAAAAUCAAUACAAAUCUGAGGUUCUGCCCCCCUAACAAAAAUAUUGGCUAUACCCAUGCCUCCCCCAUCCUACUGGUAGAAAAGUAGUUAUAUAAGUAACUUGUUUGUAAAUAGAACAUGCUUUAUAUUCUUUAUAAUUUAUACAAAAUACAGUUACGUAAAAUGAUAAUGAAAUAUUGUUGAAGCAGGAAAACAUAGAAUCGUGGAGCUGGAAGAGACCUCAAGGGUCAUCUUUCUAGUGCAUCCCCCUGCAAUGUAGGAAACUUGGCUAAAGCAUCCAUGACAGAUGGCCAUCCAACCUCUGCUUAGAAACCUGCAAGGAAGGAGAGUCCAGAACCUCCUGAGGGAGAUCCAUGUUCUGUGUAUUAUAAAAAGUAAACAACACUUAUUUGACACAGAGGGGGAAACCUACAGAUACAGUCCAAAAGGCGCACAGGGAGUUAUGUGAAAAUGGGAGAAUUUUAAAAAGCAAGUGGUCCUCACUGACCUGGUGCAAAAAGAUAUUGUUGUCCAGAGGAGCCCUGGCUGCCCAGAUAAAACUCUAUAGCCCCACAAACCCUUACCUGGGAGUAAGGCUCACUGAACUCAGUGUGGCUUUCUUUUGUGUAGACACUUAGUUAUUUACUAGAUGCAAGUCAGCAGCACCAGACAACCCUGUUCAGCUAGGUGCUGGGGUGGAUUGCACCCUGCGCCGUGCAGAGCCAGGCCCAGGCUGCCACUGGGUCUAGCACUGGCGGUAGCAACAAGCAGCUCCGACUCACACUGGCCUACCCAUUGCCACCCCACCCCUACACUUAACUGACCUGGGGGUUCUGGAUCACGGGCUCUACUGAUCAAAAUGAGAGCCUCAGCGAUCGCCCUCUCCCACAGGAAACAAAUCAGGACUGCUCUAAGAAAACACACAUGGCAAAAAGAAACAUUAAGCCUUCGUGGGCCACCCCCCCUCCCUGCUUGCGAUUGGCCAAGCGGAUAGCCAACCAAUCAGGAAUAUUUAUUUUUUUACUGAUUUUUUUUCUUCACUUCUCACUUACCUCUGUGGCCCCCUAGCCUUGUGCUGUGGUGCCCCAUUUACAAAAUUUUCACCUGUGGCCCCCUUGGAAUAUCCUGGCAUUCCCAUAUGGCCCCCAGUUGGGAAACACUGACUUAAAGCAAUCUCUUGGUUUACUUGUUCAGUUGGUAAGACCUGAUCAAGAGGGUUCCUAGAUCUGUGCAGAUAGCAGAAAUUUGUUCUUGAUCCUGGAAGUGGAGUCACUUCUGCAUUAAAAUCAGAUUUUGUACUUCAGAGGAUAUCUAUUGGCUUCGUGAUAUUAAGAUUGCCUUUGGACUAGCAGCUCCAGUUUUUUAAACUGGAUUUUCAGAAAUAUAAGUACAAACUGGAGAAGGUGGCAGGAGCAACUCAAAGCCAUACUGCCAAUCUUUAUGGAUGUGAGGCAAGAUGUGAGAUGAGCAGUGCUGGCCAGAGUCUCUAGCAAUUCAGUGGACCAUGGUCUUGUUUUAAGUGAUCCCUGAGACCAUAAUAAUAUAGGAGAAAAUUGAAGGACUGUGGUAUCUUUAAGAUUCAUGCCACCUGCUGAAGAGGCAAUUCACUUCGUUUUAAAUUUAAACAAAGAACUAACUUGUCUCUGCUGCAGUGGAAAUGUCAAAGAAUACAGGGCCAAGGCAAUUUAGGGCUUUAAAGUUCAGCACCAACACUUCAGAUAGUGCUUGGAAACGUACUUAGAGCCAAUGUUGGUUUUUCACUACCAGUGUUAUAUGGCCUCCACUCCCAUUCACCAGCCUAGCUGUCACAUUCUGAAUUAGUUGUAGUUUCCAAGUACGUAUAAUGAGUACAACAAACCUUAAGAACCAGUGCUACAGGGGAUGCUUUAGUGAUUUUCUGGUGUCCCUAUUAAUUUUGCUUGUGCAGUGGCUCUCAACAUAUUCUCAGAUUUUAUAAGCCACGUUUUCAUUCAUGCUUGAACUAUUGACCCUGUCUGAGUUUAAUCAGAUACUUUGUUGCCUGUAUGUAUGCUGAUGGGUGUGUAUUAGAAACGCCUUCCUAUAGGAAAUCCUUGGUGUGAAACCUCUGGCUGUCAAUGUCAGUUUUGGACAAUAGAACAUGAAUGGUCAUGCCUGAAAUACUUACUUUAAAUAUUGAGCAACAGUACUGUUGGUUAGGUGUUGGAUAGGGUUGUAUUUUUAGAUGUUUUCCUUCUCUAUAAUCUUUCUAUGCAUUGCUUAUUUUUGUCACUGCUUUUAAAUUUGGCACAGAUCUAUACUAAUUUUUGAAAGCCAUAGUAUUGGUAUGAAAAUAUGCUUCUUUAAAGCAAUUGUCAAUCUUCUAUUUAGAGCAAUUGAAAGUUUUCCUAAAAAUAUUGGGACGGGGUGAUACAGCUUCCUUAGCUGUUUCAGCCCGUUCUUUAAAGUACCACAGUGAUGAUAGACAAGGAACCGUGUAGGCAAGUUCCCUGAGCUAAGUAGCACCAGCAGAACACAUUCCACAAUUCUCUAACUUUGAGGAUUAUGGGAUGCAUGUAUACUGUGUCUGCUCAGGGAACUGGCUGAGUUUGGCUUUCCUAGUGAAUAUAGAUGUAGAUGCCAGCUGAAGAAAAUAAGGGUGUGUGUGAUUAGGUUUGAGAUGAUAUGUCUCCUAAUGUUUUAGAAAUCACCUCCACUUCCUGUAACGUACAGGGAUGUUUAAGGAAGGAAAGGAAAAGAGCAGUUUUCCUUUCUUGUUUUGGCCCCCCAAAUGGCUCAGGUCUGACAGCCAGCACUGUGUUUUUAUGUAGCACAGCAGAAGAAGGUCCAGGAGGCUUAGAAAACAAAAAAAUAUUGAUAUUUUUUUUCUUCCCUUCUGCUCACACCCAUGACCUGAUCAUGCUAGCCUUUUUUUCAGGCCAGGUGGGCUACUGUUAUUCAUUUUGUUGCAGGUUUCACUGGUCUGUAUACAAUUAGUAAACAUGUCAACUGCCUAACAGUUAGUGUUUCUUUUCUGCAAGUACUCAAGGAUACAUAGUUAACAGUACCUUUUUUUUUCUAGAAGAAAAGCACUGCUAACAUUAGGUAGUAUUCAGAUAGAGAGACUCAAUCUGUAUCUUCUGUAUCAGACUUACUUUCAUGAGACAAUGAGAUUCGGCAAUAGCUAGGUUACUUCAUUUUGCCAUAGUGGAUGAGGGUAUGAUCUAAAAGCAUCACCUGGCUGAAGCUAAGCAGGUCUGGGUCUGGUCAGUGUCUAGAUGGGUGAUCCCUGCUUUGGGUUCUAUGAUGGAAGAAAAGUAAGAUAUAAAUAAGAAAAAUAAACAUGAGAGCUAUAAAAGAAAAACCAUGUAUUAAAAUAUGACCCCAGGCUUCCCCUUAACUAGUUACAUUGGUUUCAGUAGUUGGAAUACUGUACCUACUUUUCUUUCAUCAAAUUUCUAGUGCUAAAUAUUCAUUUUUAAGGCUUGAGGCAGCCAAUUCAGACAGCCACAACAAAGGGUAUGCAGUUUUCAUGCUUCGAAUAGUUAACCUAUAAUUUCAUGUGGGGAAUUGUUUGAACCCCACAUUGACAUUUAGGUCUCAAGACACUGUAGUUUGUGCCUUAAUAAACAGUGGAAACUAGAUGUAACUUUCUUGUGUAACUUUACAGACUAUGAGAAGACAACGAAAUGAAGUCGUUGUGGAAUUAAGAAAGGUAAGAUUUAAUGCUAUUUAUCACUUAAUUUAGCGUGGGCUUGAUCCAAUCCACUGCAGGUGCAGCAGUCCCCAUAAAGCAGUGGUUCCCAAACUCUUUUCUCAGGGCCAAACUUUUAGAAUAAAAAUUGGUUCGUGCCACACCAAAAAAAAUUAUUGAUAAUAAAUACAUUGGAAAACAAAAAGAAACAACUCUGAGCAGUGAUUGAUUUUGAAAAAAAUACCUAUCCAUAUUCUGCAAAUAAAAAAAAAAUUACUAUACUAUUUAAAUGUUCCUUUGACUUGUCGUUGAAUCUUCCCACCACACUUGCCAUCCUCAUCUGCCACACCAGUGUGGCGCGCCAUACCCUUUGUGAACCACUGCCAUAAAGAAUAAAGAGAUGUGCUCUGUUCCCUUUCCCUUUCCCCAUGUUAAAGAAUCCUCUGCCACCUCUCAUCAGUCAAGGAACAUGAGCCACAGAAGCUCUGCCAUUUUAGACUGGAUCAAGCCCAUAAUUUCUAGCAAUUAUCUCCUGAAUUGCAUCCUAUAGUAUGCCUAUCCAUAGAGGAGAACAUGAAACUUUCUAAUCUUUCUAAAAGCUGCCUAAACUAAUGCCCAUUACAGCAUCUUUUAGUGAAUUCCAUUGGCUAAUUAUGAACUGUGUGAAGCACUAUUUUUUAAUUGCCCUAAAUCUAAUGCCAGUCAGUUUUGUUUGGUGACUUCAGUUUCUCGUACAAAAGCAUCUUGCAUGAAGAUUAUGUUCCGGGGAUGGCACAUAUAUGAAAAAACUCGUAUACCCAAAUCACCCCAGUCACACUUGCAGAUUCCUAUUGAAAUCAAUUGACUUAAGUUUUAAUGGUUCUUCACUGAGUAUGACGAACAUACAAAGUUCAUAAAUUUACAAACUUAUGUUUCUUAUUUGUUGAUGGAAAACUCCAGAUGCUUCAGUCCUGAAGUACUACUUUUCCCUGUCAUUAGAAGUUUCCCAGCCAUGGUCAAUGUUUUAAUUGGUAACUAGCUGCAAUGCUAAACUGCUUAAAUUUGAUUCGUCUCACCUCUGUUUGAUUUCACUAGAAGCAUUGAGCUCUACUAAUACUGCUGUUUAAAUAUGUGUUAUUGUUUUCUAUGUAUAAUGAUGGAUUUCUUUAAGCUUUGCACAUUAUAAAGUGAUUAGUUACCCAAGUUAUUUCCUUGCUGUACAAUUGACUUUUUUGUUUUGGUGUAUAUCACUGAUAAUACUUCUUUUCCUUAUGUAGAUAGAAAUUGCACUUAAGUUUAAUUGGGCAUGUGUAGCAAGGAAAAUCCUUUUCAAAAAUAAUUGAGGUUAUUUGUAUUAAAUGUAUUAGGAGAAUUUUGGCUCUCCCUUUGACUGCAGAAAAAGUUUUAAAAUAUGUGUGUGAUGAUAUGUGCUCAGAAUUUAGAGGAGGUCUACAGAGCAUCCAAUGUUUGGGGAUAGCUAUUUGCUCUGCAUACUCCUUUCUCUCUCAUUGCUGCUGUUCCUUGACUAUUGCCAUGUAAGGCACAUUUCUGCACAGACAACUUGCUUUUUGCUUGCAUCACUCUGCUCCUCCGAAAAAGUCUGAAACUUUGGAGUGGGAAAAGAACAAUAUCAAAUAAAUGCAUAUUAAUGUAAGAUCAAGGCAGACCUUUCACUAAUGCAGGCAGACCUUUCACUAAUGGAACUGCAUUGUUGGAUACUGUUCUAAGUACUGUUCUAAGUUAGCUUUUGUGCUGCUUUUCAGAAUUCUAGAUAUUUCCAAAGUGACUUACAGUAACCUUUCAGCUGCAUAGUUCUUUUUCAUCCAUGGCUGCCAUUCCUCAACUGCUCCAUGUAAAACUCCACGAAUAGACCACUCUUUAGUUCCAUUACUCUGUUCCUCCCCAAAAAGUUUAUGUACUUGAUCAUUUAAAACUUUGGAACAUGCAAGCUUUAGAAUUACACAAAACUGUUACCUAUAUGAACAUAAAAUUUGGUUGGCAAAUUACCAGUGGUGAAUAUAAAUGUAUACUGUGUCAGGUUGUGUAAAUCAUGUAACACAUUUACUUUUUCUAUACUGUAAGACGAAUUAAAAGCCUCUUAUGGUAUUUUCUACCCUUAAUAUUUUUUAUUGCUUUGUACACUGCAUUUUUCUUACAUUACAUAUAUGCAUUUUUUAAAUUUUACAAAUAUUUAUAAUACACUUUUAAAGCAUUGGGGAAAGCAGAUACCCCUUGUCUGAAUGUAAUUUGUAUUUUGUAUUUAAAAGAACAAAAGAGAUGAGCAUCUGUUAAAGAGACGAAACGUACCUCAUGAAGAUAUCUGUGAAGAUUCUGAUAUAGAUGGUGACUUCAGAGUGGUAAGAACUAAUUGGUGAUUAAAUAUUAUAUACGUAUGCCUUUUUGAAUACAUUUCUAAUGCUUUGAUAUUUGUUUCAGCAAAACACGUCUCUAGAGGCAAUAGUGCAGGUAAGUAUCUUAACCACUUCUGUUUUUAAAAUUCACUUAUAUUGUGAAAGUCCUGAUUUUUAAAUAUAUUUAUUUCUUAGAAUGCUUCAAGUGACAACCAAGGUAUCCAGUUAAGUGCAGUGCAGGCUGCAAGGUAAGAGAAUAAUUUACACAGAUAUGCUUUCUUCUGUGGUAGUACAGUUUGUUAAUGGAAUCGGUAGCUGUACUGUGUUACGACUGAAAAUGUUGGUUCUUCAGCUGCUCUUAAUGUGAACACUACUUUGAUAAUCUGUAUUUGACAUAUUCUAAAAUGGUUUGGAGCACGUUGAUCAACAAUUGAAUUCCAUUUUUCGCGUGCAAAUAUUGAUGAAAUCAAUAUUUCACAAAAUGCCAGAAGUAACUGGGCAUAAAAUGAUCUAUAUUUUAAGGAAAAUUGUUUCAGGGUAUUUUUUUUUUAAUAGUGCACUUUUAAUAGAUGAUAAAAGUUGGAUGGUUGGUCAGAUGUUUUGUUAGUUUGCCAAAUAUAACUUUCAAGAAGGUUAUAUAACAUGUAAUUGAAUGAUUCAUGAAAUAAGCGUUUUCCCUCUUUAACUUUUAUCCUGGAAUGCCAGGGCCAUCUUAACAGUUAAAUUAAGAGAGAAAUUCAAAAGAGCCAAAGAAAGUAACCAGCUUUGGCUGGACAGGGACCAUUUUGCCACAGCAGUCCAUGCUCUUGUAACUUCCAUGAAGUUACAAGACUGCCUUGAAGACAAACUGGAAGCUUCAAUAAGUGUAGAAUGCAGCUGUCAGAAUUUUAAUGGGUACGGCCUGAUAGAGUUGCUUGAUGCCAAUUUUCAAAGUUAUAUUGGCUGCUUAUCUGCUUUUGAGCCCAGUUCAAGGUAUUGGGUCACAUACUUGAAGAAGUAGUUGCCAGAGGGGCUCUUCUCCUUGUUCCAUUGUCAGGGGAAGUGAACUAACCUGCACCUGAUAUGUAAAAUACCCUUCAUUUAAAAGUGCUGCUGGUGCCAACAUUGCUAUCAUGAUGGUAUCAGAUCAAGACUGAUUUAUUUGAUGGGGUAUUUUAAGGAUUUCUAAGUGAGUGAUUAUCCCAGGGUUAUAUUUAUUCAUAGCUUGGUUUCCUUCAGAUGUUCUUGAAUUCCCAACACCCAUCAUCCCUGAUCAUUGACUAGGCUGGAUGGAGUUGAUGGGAAUUAUAGUCCAGCAAUCCUGGGACACGGGUGGUGCUGUGGGUUAAACCAUAGAGCUUAGGACUUGCCAAUCAGAAGGUCGGUGGUUCAAAUCCCCGCGACGGGGUGAGCUUCUGUUGCUCGGUCCCUGCUCCUGCCAACCUAGCAGUUUGAAAGCAUGCCACUUCCAGCGGGAAGGUAAACGGCAUUUCCGUGCGCUGCUCUGGUUUGCCAGAAGCGGCUUAGUCAUGCUGGCCACAUGACCCGGAAGCUGUAUGCUGGCUCCCUCGGCCAAUAAAGCGAGAUGAGCGCUGCAACCCCAGAGUUGGCCACGACUGGACCUAAUGGUCAGGGGUCCCUUUACCUUUACCUUAUAGUCCAGCAAUAUCUGGGUGGCACCAUGUUGGCUACCCAUGGUUUCAAUAUUUUGAUGUCAUAGUUUUAACUGCCUUCAUAUUUUUUUGCCUUUUUUGCUUUAUAUUCUGGACUCAGACCUAGUACCUGGAUAGAUAAAGUGUGGUCUAUAAAUAUUUCAUUAAUAUAUUAAAAUAUUUAAUGUCAGUUUUUAAAAGCAGCUCUCCCAUAUAUCAGUGGCAACAGCUUGACCUGUUCUAUCUUCAUGCAUUAUCUAAUGUAUCAUGGGUAUGAACCUGACUGCUUCAAGAUUAGGGGAAAAACAGUUCUCACCCCUUCUCUUGCUAACACAUGGCAUGAUAAUGAAAUAAACAGCAGUAGACUGUCACAUGUGUAGUGUCAUUCUUUGGCCUCAUGAAAUACUUGACCAGCCAGUUGUCCAGCUCUAAACUCCUCUCCAAGGUAUACAAGAAACCUUUGUUCUGUUUACGAUAGGUCUGGUGCUUCAGGACUAGAGCCACCCUGUACCCUUUUGCUCAAGAUGCUUGGCACCUCACACUUUCGCUCACACAUGUACAGUGGUGCCUCGCAAGACGAAAUUAAUCCGUUCCGUGAGUCUCUUCGUCUUGCGGUUUUUUCGUCUUGCGAAGCACGGCUAUUAGCGGCUUAGCGGCUAUUAACGGCUUAGCGGCUUUAAGAAAAAGGAAACAAACUCGCAAGACGUUUCGUCUUGCAAAGCAAGCCCAUAGGGAAAUUCGUCUUGCGGAACGACUCAAAAAAUGCAAAACCCUUUCGUCUAGCGAGUUUUUCAUCUUGCGAGGUAUUCGUCUUGCGGGGCACCACUGUACUUCUUUAUUUUAUUUUUAAAAUUUAUAUACCAUCAUUCACAGGGUGGUUUACAAUAUAAAAACACAAGAAUGCAUAAUGCAAUAGCAAAUGAAAACAAUAACCCACACCCUUCCCCCAGUUUAAAGGCCAUAGAUUGUUUAAUUAGCCAAAAGGCCUUGGAGAAGAGAAAUGAUUUUGCCUGGCGCCUAAAGAUUUGUAACAAAGGUACCAGGGAAACCUCCCUGGGGGAGAGCAUUCCACAUUUCUGCAGCCAUCCAUUCUCUCCAUCCUGACAAGAACUUUACCCACUAAAAAAGGAGAGAACCAGUCUUAUUCAAUUCUUUCAAUCACCAGCAAUCUCUGUAUAUGAUGUUCUGUAGCAGGAUAAUGAGCAUGUGUUUGUACUGUCUAGCACUCCGGCCCAGGUAGCUAUCUUGUGUCUUCUUUUUUAAAAAGAGGCAAAUGGGCACAUUUGCUUGCCUUUGAUCUCCUUUCAGUUUAAUUUUGAUUUAAUUUAAGACAUUUUGGACUUUAAAAUAUAUUUUACAAAUGUCAGGAAGGGGGGGGAGAAGUUAAUGCAUUCAGAAUUACUGGUUUAAAUUUAAAUUGUAUUUGAUUGUUACUUAUGAAAUAUCAGAAUGAUUACUACCAUAUUUUUUAAUUUUUAUGUUAAGAUAGGAAAUGGAGUAUGCUGUGAAAUCCCUGUUAGCUGCUCUUCAUGUUUUUAGCUAUAAUAAACAAUUGGAGCCAUUUGAACUUUGCCCGAAAGUUUGAUAUUCUACUUUCCAAAUAUUUCUGAAUAGAAAACUACUCUCCAGUGAUCGCAACCCACCUAUUGAUGACUUAAUAAAAUCUGGAAUAUUACCCAUAUUAGUGCACUGCCUUGAAAGAGAUGACAAGUGAGUAUGUGCCUUUAAAGGAACAGUUGUUUUCUCAAGCAGUUGAUCAAAAGUAUUGUAAUAAACUAUUGUUUGUUUCUUAUUAUAUUCUUAGUCCAUCUUUACAGUUUGAAGCAGCAUGGGCACUGACAAAUAUUGCAUCCGGAACUUCUGAACAAACGCAAGCUGUCGUUCAAUCCAGUAAGUUAAUCAGUACUUAACUCCUGCAAAAAUGCCUUGCUGAUUGAGUAGAACUAUGCACACAUUAUAUUUCUUCUUUGGGUAUUCAUUCACAUGUACCAAUGAGUUGGUUCUUUGAUGCUGUAGCCAGGAUGAUUAAAUUCUAAAUGCUAAUCAAUGAAUCAUACACUGAAAAGGAAGGUGUGUACAUAAUCUCUCACUAAAUUGAAAUUAAAUUUGGAUAGCACUGAAGGUGUUCCUGCUUUGUGAUCAGAAAUAUGGGAUUUAGUAAGUAAUGAAUUGAUUUGGAGCUUGUGGCCAUAUUUGCAUGUAACACUAAACCAUAGUUUAGCAUUACAAUAACAAGCCUAGUUCCCGCCUUCCUUCUGGCACCACUAUGAAGAGUCAUCCAUAAACUUUCUCUUCCUUUUUAGAACAACUUCAGCUCGUGACAUCUGAACCUAGACAAACUCUGAUUAGUGGGAAACAAGCCAACCAAGCUUUUAAACUGACUUAUUUUCACUAAUCGUAGCUAAGAUUAACUGCUGUUUAGUGUUUGGACAUCGUUUUGAAUAUGUGGAAUUGCCUUUAAAAUAUAUAUAAUCUGAAGAAUAUCUCUGGAACUAUCCACUGCUGAUAUAUGACUGUUUUCAGUGUUUCUUGAUCGGUAUAAAAGACUUUUUAUAUUUUUUAAAAAGAGUUACUUCUCUAGUUUUCUUUUAUAAUGGGUUGGAUCCAGACUUGCCCUUAGCAGAGGACUUCUUCAGUUCUCAGAGGGGAUGAAGAACCAAUGUGGGUUUCCUGCUGGAAAGUUGGUUUUCACCAAUUUCCCUGCCGCCUCGGCAAAUCCCAGUAACAACUCUCAUGCUAUUUCACAAGCUCUCCCAACCCUUCAUAGCUGUUCAAGAGGCUGCAGGAAGUAGGAGAGAUUGUCAGCAGUGUUCACAGGAGGUCUGGAUCCAACCCAAUGGCUGCUUAAAGAUAAAAAAUAUAGAAAAUGGAAAAUGUGCUGUCAUUGGGAUUUAGUGCCUUACAUGCUUAGAAGUAUUCCACAGGAGAAGGAUACCGUUUGUAGAGCUUUGCAAAACUGAAGUGGCAAUGACGGAGACUUUAUGCUACCUUCAGUCAUAAUGCAAAAGGAACAUAAAUAAGUGUGUGGUAAUUCCACUUUUACACAUCAUUGUUCUGUCUGCAUACUGAGUGUGCUACAUCUCAUUGGAGAGAUAUGUUAUGUUCCAGACACAUUUGUGCAUCUUGCCUGUUGGACAAAAUUUGAAAGAUUUAUUUUGAACAUUAUAGUGCUUUGGAGGAAGAACUGGAGGUUCAGAAAGGCACUUUUUUCUCAAGAGGUUCAGUUCCAUGCACUAAGCCCCUGAAAUUAUGUGUCAGUUGAGUGAUAACUAGACAAAUUGCGACUAUGCCUGAUUUGCAAUCUGAAUUUCUUUGAAUGAGGAAUGGCUGUUUAUAUAUUGCAUGAUUUAAAGUUUAAAUCUUAGAUCUUAGCCAAGGGGCUAUGGAGACUUAAAAAAAAUGAGUCAUAAUGAUAUUUUUCUUUAUUUUGCAGAUGCUGUCCCACUUUUUUUGAGGUUGCUGCAUUCGCCCCAUCAAAAUGUUUGUGAGCAGGCAGUAUGGGCUUUAGGCAAUAUCAUAGGUUUGUUGCAUUUCUGUGCAGAAACUCCACUACUAUGACAAUGAGAAUUUUAUUACUGAAUGAAAGCUAUUUUUCUCCAGCGAUGCCUUGUACACAAUUGUGCUGGGGAGUGUUUUCCCAAAGCAUAUUUUAGUUAGGCACAUGAAGGUUCAGACAAGUAAAUCACAUGGAAGAAUAUUACAUGAGUUAUUCAGGUCAUGGUGAACUUAUUGUCGGUAUUCAUCACACAGCAAGCAAAGCUCCCAAGUUGGUGGAAUAUCUGAUACCUACGCAUAGCAUAUGCAUUUCUAGUUCUCUGUAUCAAGCUACAUUCUUUAAACUACUACAGUUAAGAAUCAGAAGUCUAUAGCUUUUCUGCUGCUGAGCAGCAGCAAACCCCCCCCCCAACAAAGCCCACAAAACAAAACUCCAGCCCAAUAGUCUGUUCAGCAGCCUCUGGUUUUUUGGCUGGAGUCAGUCAGCCCCUCCCCCAGGCCAGGUGGGUAAAGACCUUCAAGACAGGGGGCAGGUCUUCUAGGACACUCAGCCAAGAAGGUUAUGACUUCAUACUUGACUUUAUGCAUGUCCAAAAAUGGGCAGGGCAGGUUGAAGAAGCUAUUAUGCCAGCUUAAUAUAUCUAGUCAUGGUAGUGUAUCCUGUGCAUAGGUGCCAACAUGAUUUUCUAGACCUGGUGCAUUAUAUAUGGAUUGGGCCCUCCGCAGCCACAUGCAAAAGAGGGCAUAUAUUUGCAUACCUUUUAUGUCAUCCACCAAUUUGUAUUCUAUUUAGGAGAACUCACAAAUAAAUCAGGGGCCUCACUGGUGAAACAUUUUCCACAAUUGCAUUUCCAUAUUUCAAAAGGCUUAACCUCUUGAAUGUCUACUUACAACAUAGCUGUUAGUGACAAAAAAUAGUCCUGCUCCCCCCCCCCCUCCCCAAACCAUGCAAAGUAUUCAAGUUUCCUGAAUUUGCUGUUGUUUUUUCAUAGAUUGGAAAUACUACAUUUCAGUGAACAACCUAGCAUGGUAUUUGGAGUAUGUGGAGGGGAGAGUUCAGAUGAGGCAUAAGAUUUAUGGCAGCCAAGAUGCCCAUACUUGGGAAAAUUCAAGAUUAAAUUGUUAAAAAGCAGGCAGUGUAUUCUAAGAGCAUUUGUUGUAGUUAUUUCUGUCUCAUAAUAGCUACAGCCAUGUUAACAGAACAUUGAUAAGCACCCUUUUCUCUUUUUUGUAACAAAAAGGGAUUUAUAAUGGUCAUGCUUAGGGGUGGAGUGCGGAAUCUCCCCCCCCCCUCCAAAAAUCUGAUUUACAGCUACACUGUAGUUAUUUUCUCUCUUAGUUAUUUUCUCUCAGCAGCAACUGUUCUGCUUCUACUAGGUAAGAAGAAGAAGAAAGUUUGAAAAUGAACAAUCAGUUUCUUCUACAAUUUUUUGGAGAAAGGACUUCCUGGGUUAUUUAGGGGUCUUCUCUAAAAUGUGUAUUACUCUAAAUUUCUCCAUAGCACUUGUCAAUUUGACUUUACACAUUGGCUAAAAAUGCUGAAAUGUAGAAGCAUUCUCAUUUCUCAUUAUUUCAAAUGCUGCCCCAACAACACUAUUCAAAUGCCUGAAGGGCUGUUACAGAAAAAGGCAAGGGCUUGUUUUCUGCUUUCCCAAAAGGGGUUUUGGGAGUGGCGUCUCUGUCCAGAGGUCUUCAAACAGAUGCUGGACAGCCAUCCUUUGUAGAUUUUCUGCAUCAAGGAGGAGGCUGGACUUAGAUGACUUGCAAGCACCCUUUCCAACUCUUAAUUCUACAAAUCAACCAUUCUAACAAACUGAGUCUAUACCUGGAAGUUGCUUAUGUUCACAUACAGAGAGAGCUAUCCUAAUGGGGAAAAGCAAUUUUGAUAGACCAGUGUUGAUACUUCUUCUACCCACAAGCUCCUCCAUGUUUAUACAGGUGAUGGACCCCAGUGUAGAGAUUAUGUCAUUAGUCUUGGAGUGGUGAAGCCUCUGCUGUCAUUCAUCAGCCCAUCUAUUCCAAUAACUUUCUUAAGAAAUGUUACUUGGGUAAUGGUCAACUUGUGUCGCCACAAAGACCCGCCUCCACCAAUGGAAACGAUCCAGGAGGUAAAACUACUACUUUGUUGAAAUUUUAUCACUGGGAGCUUUCCUGCAGAAUUUUGAAUACCCUUUUCUCUUUCUCCUAGAUCCUCCCAGCACUCUGUGUUUUAAUUCAUCACACAGAUGUAAAUGUGAGUAUCUCAAUAUUGCACGGCCUGUUCACAGAUUAAUUAUAAGCGUGUAUUGAAAAAACAAAUCACAGCCUUACCAGGUUACUCCUGAAAGCAAUUUGUGCCUCUUUGGCUAUAUUGGUGGAUACUUGUCAGUCUUAUUAACGAAGCAAAAGUCUCUCAAAGGAGUAAAACUUAUUUCAGAAGUCAGUGCUCCCACAAAACUGAGGGACAGUUCACAAAUACAGACAACUUGCAGUUUACAUGGGGGCUAUGGUCCCGGUAACUGCAGAACAGCUAUGUGCACUGGCACAAAUUUCAUCUCCCACAGGGGUUGAUGAGACUUGCAUAUACUUCCCACUGGUUCUCUACUUAACAUAUAUCCAUAGGCAAGCACUAAGUUCAUGGUGGACGGGAUCAUUCCCUUAAAAUAAGAACUGUCAUUCUGGAUCAGCUGAGUGAGACAAUUCUAUCCUUUUUGGAAGGGCUUAGCGUUUGAGGCACUUAUCUGUUGGACAGCCAUUCUCUGUAUGCAGCACCCAUUCAGUUCAGAACUGAAUCUGCAGAACCUGCUUCUCUGUACGUUGUGUUCUUAGUUGGGUUGGGACUUAACCUGCAACAAAAUCAGAAGCCACUCUGCCAAUACAUAGGAGAGGCCAGAGGCCUUUUGAUAUAAUGUAUAUACUUGCUGGUGGAAAUUAGACAAGUGUCAUAGCUGAGGAGUUGGCAGCAUAAUGUGUUUUAAGAUUCAGCAGGAAACGUUUUUGAAAGGAAGUAUGAAACAAAAAUUUGCAAGGGAUUUUGUCAGAUACCCUCUGUGAUUUAUUUUGUGGUAUGUUGCAGAAACUUAAAAUACUAAGUAGGCUGAGAACAUCACUGUUUUCAAUGGGAAAUGCUUGUUUAUAUAUGACUCAUUGUGUCUUGCAGAACCUCCUUUGUAUUACUCUAAUGUGUCUUGUUGAUUUUUGAACAGAUAUUGGUAGAUACAGUCUGGGCCCUCUCCUACUUAACAGAUUCAGGCAAUGAACAGAUUCAGAUGGUGAUAGACUCGGGGAUAGUUCCUCAUUUGGUUCCUCUUCUCAGCCAUCAGGAAGUUAAAGUGCAAGUGAGUCUUGUACCAUUUCUCCUUUAUUUGAAGCAUUUUUGCUGACAGCAUUGCAUUAGAAAUUUACAGUAUGAAGCACAUUGUAUUCUUACUGUGUUCAGUCACUGUGUUUGUCAAGCUCAGAAAUGUAAAAAAAAAUUCUGACUUGAAUGUUUCUCAUAUUUUGUGGAAUGUGGAAUCGUGUUUUUGCCUUGAAUAAACAUUUUAAAAGCUGCUGUCCCCAUAGGACAAAAUAGAUUCAAAAAAUAAAAGGACAGUAGCUUUCUUUAGUUUCUGUUGAGUGCAAGCUUUUAUUAACUAGCAAGUUUAAUGCUCAUUGUAAAAGAGAGGUAUUCUUUAAUAUUUCAUUUUAUCAGACUUAGGAAUAUGGGAUAUGCUAUCAAAUUAGAGUCAAAAUGGUUGAAAAUGGGUGCUAGGUCCUUCCACUUCAAUUUUCCAGCUCUGGAUACAAACUGCAAGUCGUUGUAGAUUGAUUCAGAUAUAAUGAAGUAUAUGGAGAGGUGGGACUAAGUUCUUUUUUGCACUCUGAUUUGUAACCUGCCUUUUAGCAAGCCAUUGCUUGUCAUUUAAUCUGACAAAACAAAUCAGGCUUUGCACAAACCAUUGUUUCUUAGUUCAGAUGCAAUGGCCAAGUGAUUUGCUGAAAGCCAGGAAAUUACUAAGUAUGUGACCCUAAGGUUUAUUUGUGUAACACCAGCUCAACCCAUUACCAUUUUCACCAUCAAAUUUGGCUCGUGAAAAAGAUGAAUCUGCUGCUCAACACAGUAGCUGUUUCAGAAAUCCUAAUUUCUCAAAUCUUUCAUUGUCAGAUUUGUAAAGUUACAAGUUCUUAUUUUUGCCGGGGGGUGGGGGGAGAACCAUGUCUUCUACCUGAUUUAAGUGGUACAGUUGAUCUAUUAAAGCUGUGUUGUGCAAUCCUGUACAUGCUUACUCAGAAGUAAAUGUGAAUAGAAUUUCAACCUCAGUCAAAUCAUGUAGUCUUAAUACUAUAAUGCUUGAUUUUAAAACAUGCUGCUCAAGCCAUCAAGUUUUAACUUUUGAAAUGUUUUCUUUCAGACUGCCGCACUCAGAGCUGUAGGAAAUAUUGUUACUGGUACUGAUGAACAGACCCAGGUAGUUCUGAAUUGUGAAGCUCUUUCACACUUCCCUGCCCUAUUGACUCACCCCAAAGAAAAAAUUAAUAAGGUAUGAAAAUGGGCAUGAUGCUGAAUGCAUGAAAAUUGAUACCAGGGGACUGUGUGACAUAUCUAUCAAACAAAAGUACGGGAUAAUCGUCAAUCUCUUUACUUGAAAGGUUGUUCUGACUUUUGUAGAAAUUGUAAUGUAGCAAUUCCUUUGCAAGGAGCAUAUUUAUUUGUUUGUUUGUGGUGCAUCAGAUAUAACCCUUUCUAGUCCAGCAUUGUUCUUGGUUAUGGUUAUUUUUUUAACGGGAUUUUUAUUGUACCCUGGCCUAAGAUCAGUUAUAAUGAAGAGCAGGACCUAAAAUAAAUACUACAAAUAAUAUCCUAGCAAUUGGUGGCCUUUAAAUAUAAGGUGGUUCAUCAAAAAUUGGUCAGUGGUUCUCCAGCCUGUCUUUUGCCUACACCUGAAUUAUAAACUGACUCUUGGAAAUGAUGAAAUGGAGGUAAUAGGGAAUAGGGAAUAGUAAGGGGUGUGUAAAUUAGGGAAGGGGGGCAAUUUUUAGUCUGAAGUAAAAGGGGUUGGUUGUGUAAAAGUUAUAUAGUGAUGUAAACUGUGGGCACUGAUAAAGAAGCUGUUGAUUUCGCAGUGCAUCUGAGGCCUUGUUGCUAAAUCAUCUGGGUUUACUGCAACAUUGCCAGUGAUUAGAGCCCAAAAUAAGCUCGCAGUUUGCAUCUAGACAUUUUAAACCUCUAACAGGUUCCUUUUGUUAGGCAAAAGGAAUGUGAUCUGAUCUAAGAGUUCAGUUUAAUGACACCUAAAACAUAUGAUUUAGAUUAGGAAAUCAUCAUUUUUCCCAUACUCAAGAAUAAGCAAGAUUUAAAUGGGAAACAAAAAUUACACAUUCUUUGGGUUCUACAUUUAUCAAAAAAUAUUUGCACUUGUAGCAACUUCAUUUAUUCUUCUAUAGGUAGUUUUUUAAAAAAAUAUAUAGUAAGUUUUAUAGACCACUUAACCACAGAACUCUCUUAAUAUAUAAAGUACAUAAUAAAAUUCUGAAUAAAAUACAGGUAAAAUCCACCAAACUGUUAAACAAGUGUAGAUAAAAUUGUCAACAUAUAGAUAAACAUAGUGCUACAGCUGGCACCUGUUAUACUACAAACUGUUCUAUCUAAUACUGAUCUUUCUUCUAAACUGCAGUAGUGUUAAAGCCAAUUUUUUAAAAUGCAUGCCAUCCUUGGGUAUUGUUACUUGAAACUGAAUCCCAGUAAGAGACACUCCCUCUGAAGGAGCAGGUUCAUAGUUUGAGAGGGCUCUUCAAUUCCAAGCUGUCACUGUUGGACCAGGUAGCUUCGGUGCCAAGAAGCCACUAUGCCCCACUCCAACUAGUUUUCUAGCUACAGCUGUUCCUGGAGUGAAACAGCUUGUCCUCCAUUAUCCGUGCUCUAAAAAACUUCUGUAUAAACUAUUGCAAUGCGGGCUGCAUCAUGCUGCUUUUGAAGACAGUCCAGUAGCUGUAGCUGAUGCAGAAUUCCGCUGCCUGGGUGUGGUUAAUCAAAUUUAAAUAGUUCUCAGUUGUGCUUGUAUUGCACCUUUAAAAGAAGUCUAGCUCUGCAGAGAUGGAUUAAUACUUUCGUUAUUCAAAGUAUUUCUUGUCGAUAGUUUUUAAAUCACAGUUUUGUUGUUGUUGCAGGAAGCUGUUUGGUUCCUAUCUAACAUCACUGCAGGAAAUCAGCAGCAAGUCCAGGCGGUGAUAGAUGCUAACCUUGUGCCAAUGAUAAUACACCUUUUAGAUAAGGUUAGACAAAACUAAUCUUUUGCUAAGCUUUUGUAUUGUUCUAUGUGUAUGUUGUACUGAAAUAGCCGUGGAACAUAAAAUGUGCUGGGUGGGUACGUAUGCUGGUUGGGUACGUAUGCUUGAUGGAGGGUUCUAGACCACUCUUUGCAGUAAGCUGGUUUUUCCAGCUAGACAGGUGCCUGUCCCCAAGAGACCCACAGUCUGAGUAAUUCAAAGUAAAGUAGCAGAGGCCUCCAGGUUGGAUAGGAGGUGCUCAACCUUCUUCCUAUGCCCACCAAUCCUCCCCUGAAGAUCUCCACCCAUCCAUCACUUUUUCCUCUGCUGGGCUUUUUCCAGUCAUAGAGAUUUUCUUCAGUACUUUCCUCUUCUCCCUGUACUCCCAUUUGAUAGGCAGCUGGUAAGCUGUGCCUAGGUCCUUGUUUCAGAUGAAAGGUCAGGUAUUGUAGCAUCUCUUCAGUUCUUGGUGUGUACUCCCAACUUCAUCAGCAACAGCCAGCAUGGCCAACCAUCAGGGAUUUUGGAAGCUGCAGUCCAAAAACAUCUGAAGGGUCCCAGCUCUUCCUGCUGUGGCUGACUUACACUUCAGAUGCUGGCAUCCUAAAGCCAGUUGUCUUAGCUUUGGGAUAUGGAGGCUCUGCUCAUCCACUGUUUUUCUUCUGUGGUCACAAGACUGGUGCCUGAAUCAGCUCAUGUUACUUGCCUGAGUGUACCCCCUGUGUAGACAGUAAAGAUAUUCCUCCAACUGUCUUCUCUUUAGGGUGACUUUGGUACACAGAAAGAAGCUGCUUGGGCUAUAAGCAACCUGACAAUCAGUGGAAGAAAAGAUCAAGUAAGUAACCUAGUUUGACUGGCUGGCUGGCUGUUUUAAAACAGUAAAGGAAUGUACAAAACACAAAGCACAAUUCAACCAAAUAAUAGCAUUUAGAAGUGUUACUGAUUUCAGUGGGAGAGUUUUUAAGCAAACACUUAAUUCUUCCCUUGACAUCAAUGGGACUUGAAAGUGUAUAACUUUCACUGGAUUAUACUAGAUCAAAGCCACAGAUGGGUCCUCUUGCAAGAACCACCAUUGUGCUCAUUAUUUGAUACUUGCCUUUCAAAUAUCAGUUCGUCCACUUAGAACCAAUUCUGAUCAAUUUCACACAGACCAGUGUAGAACUUUUCUGUUUGCAACCUCUACUUAAAAACCUCCAGUAAUAGAGUCCACCACCUUCCAAAAUAGUCCAUUCCGCUGUCGAACAACUCUUACCACCAGAAAGUUAUUCCUGAUGUUUAGUUGGAAUCUCCUUUCUUGUAACCUGAAGCCAUUGAUACGGGUCCUGUCCUUUGGAUUUCUCUUGAGUGCGCACAUGCAUAUAAAAUGCCCCAGACGGGAGAGCUGCAUUGUAAGCCUUGAACGUAGGGCUAGCAAUUCUGUUCUUUCUCAACUGGUGGAGGGUGGGGAGAGGAAGAAAUAAAUAUUUUCCAAGCAUUUCUAUGCUCAAGAGAAGCUUGUUUCACAGAAGAUGCUCCUGCAAUAGGGUUUGCCUGCCCUUCUCACUAAAGUCCUUUGCACCCCUCUGAAAGAUGUUUUUGAGGGACAGAGACCUUCCAGAAUAGUAUGUGGUGAUGUGGAAUCUGGAGAAAUAGGGGAGAGUGCAGCAAAAAUGAAGCGAAGUCGAGUUUUGCUUCUGUAAUGCACCUUUGGAUCUAAGGUUUGGUUUGGUUUAUUUUGCUAUCACUUGGUGUUCCUUGCAGAUUUAAAAAUGUAAAUCAGUUGGCUCACAGGUGAGUCUUGCAUGAUGCUCUAUUCUAAAAGCCAAGCCCCCUCGAUAUCUGGAGCUAGAAUCCACCAACUUACAAUUUAUUAUUAUGUCCAAAUUCAUCAAAUACAUAUUUAAUAUGAGUUAACAAAAAUAUAUUUGGUUUUAAAGUCAAAACCAAUUAUGAGUUAUUAGAUGACAUAAUACUUAUUGAGUAUAGUGAGAAUCCUUUUACUUGAAUUUCUGUAGGUUUGAAAACGUUUUAAUUAACACUCCUUUUUCUCCAUACUCCAUCUUAGUAUAUUUAUUAUUAUUUCAUAAUUUGUUUAUGUCUUAAUCAUAUAAACCUCCAAGCAGUUUAUGUAAGUUGUAUUGAUCCUAAUUGUCUUAAUGUCUGUUUCUAUUCCUUUUUUUAGGUGGCGUACCUAAUUCAACAAAAUGUAAUUCCUCCCUUUUGCAACUUGUUAACAGUAAAAGAUGCUCAGGUUGUACAAGUAGUGCUGGAUGGGCUAAGUAAUAUAUUAAAAAUGGCUGAAGAGGAGGCAGAAACCAUAGCCAACCUUAUUGAAGAAUGUGGAGGUACGAUUAAAAAUUUGCCUUUGUAUACCGAGGUCUUAGAUUUGAUAAAGUGAUCCUUCAGUUUUUUGUUUUUGUAUUUUUGUCACAGAUCUGGAAAUAUUUUCAUAGUUUCUAUGGAGAAAUAUGAUUUGUGGACAUACUGGUUACCAGUGUGUUUUGAAAAAACGUUUGUUUUCAUUUUUACAGCUAGUCUGGGGUUCCUUCAACAUUUUUGUGUUAAACUUUACAGGGCUGGAGAAAAUUGAACAACUACAAAAUCAUGAAAAUGAAGACAUCUACAAACUGGCUUAUGAGAUCAUUGAUCAGUUCUUCUCUUCAGAUGAUGUAAGUACAUAAUUCUGAAACUGAGUAUUUUGAAGUAAAGUACUGAAUGUUAAAAAUCUGGUAGUGGACUUUGGUUGGAUUGGAAUAUUAUUAUUUUUUUGUUAGUUUUCCAAUAUACUCCCAAUAAUAGCCAAAUUAGAACAAUAACAAUUAAUUCCCAAAUUAUACAAUUAUAAAAAUGCCAAUCAACUUCCUAUUAAUAUAUUUUAGUUAAAGUGGCUCCCCGCAUGGUGGUUUGGGUGCAUUUCCGAUCUUGUAUCACUGCAUUCCAUAAUCUUAAUCAAUGUCAGUUACAUUACAGUUAUAAUAAUAAUCCCUCAGUCAACAGAUACAUAAUUAAUGAUUUCCAUUCCUGAUGUUACAAUAUAUAAAUAUAUAAAGCUUCAAGUGAGGAACUCAAACUUUAUCUUUAUUCUGCCCUGCAUGUGAAAACUAUUAUAUCCAUGGAGAUUCCUUCUGUCCGUAUAUGGUGUUGUUUCUUUCACUUCCCAGCUGUUGUUUUUCCCCAUUGUGGCUUGGGGCGGAACUGAAUCUCGAAGUUUCUCAGAGGUCUUACCUCUCCGUCCCUUGCUUCAAUGUCUCGGAACAGGCAACAGUCUGCUGGAAACCAUUCUGUCUCACUAGGAAAACAUGUUGCAGCUCUUCGCCAUUUUCCCCUCAGCCUAGGAAAAGGUGGGCAAUUUUCGAACGUGCUGAAGAUUUAAUACUCCUUUCCAACUCCCAGAAUCCCUGCAGCGUUCUUAUCACAGCCCCCCAAUUUUUUUCCUUCCAGCAAGAGAUUUAUGGCCCAUUUAAACUUUAUCUUAGAUUACAUUCCAUCAGUAGCACACAAAAAUCUCAGUCUUUUUCCUUGUUGUUUUUAAACAGAGUUGAGGGGAAUUAAUCUGUCUUAAUCAUGGGUAGGCAAACUAAGGCUGGGGGGCCAGAUCCAGCCCAAUUGCCUUUAAAUCUGACUUGCGGACUGUCCGGGAAUCAAUGUGUAUUUACAUGAGUAGAAUGUGCCCUUUUAUUUAAAAUGCAUCUCUGGGUUAUUUGUGGGGCAUAGGAAUUCCUUCAUUCCCCCCCCCAAAAAAAUAUAUAGUUUGGCCCUCCACAAGGUCUGAGAGACAGUGCACCAUCCCCCUGCUGAAAAAAAUUGCUGACCCCUGGUCUUAAUAAUUCCAACAUAGUCAUACUUGAGCUUCCCCUCCCCCUUCGUUUAUUUCAGAUCAAUCUGUUUCCAUUUUUGCUUGUUAAUAUCACUAUUACUCCAACGUCCCUUCCUCACUUGUAAAUAUCUUUUUAUCUUAUAUUCGCGAGAAGGUUGCUGAAUCAUAACUAUAUAAGAGCUUAGAAUAAACAAACUGAGGGGUUCCCUCUCCCCAACCAGCUCUCACGCCGAAGAAAAUCUUAUCUCAGUUCAAACCUUUGACCCAUGUAGCUGCUAUAUUCCACAGUAUGUUGUUGCAACCUUUUUCCAUCACAUGCCAGUACUUUAAAGCCAAUUAAGGAUCCAAUUCAAUGGAGAACCUCCUCUUCUUAAUGGCGGUGUAGGAGGGUUUUCGCCAGGCAAAGUGCUUUUGCACUCAGCGCAUUCCAUGCCAGAGCAAGAGCCAAGUACCGAGACGAACUGCAAGUGAAGCCCGUUCCCCCCAUCCCUGGGGUGAAUUUGCAAUGAUGAUUUGCCCUCUGUCAUUCUUGUUUUUCAUUUGCCGAUGAUCACCUGCUAUCGUGGGGGCUGGCUCCAUUAAGGCAGGUGGGACUGGAAGCCUGGAAGAUUCUUAUUUCUGGUCUUUGUGGUUCAUUUACAGAUAGAUGAAGAUCCAAGCCUUGUUCCAGAGGCAAUACAAGGUGGAACAUUUGGUUUCAAUUCAUCUGCCAAUGUACCUGCAGAAGGGUUCCAAUUCUAGAGUGGUAUUUUGGAAGUUAGGUACAAUGCAGCACUGAAUAAAAUAAGGUUUGAUCCAUCAAGCUUGGCUCAUGGGAUCCGCUGCUGCAUUAAAUCGGGGAAGAAAAUGGUGAAGAUUUCAUUUGGAAUCACAGAAAAGCCCGAAUGAAGUCAAGAUGGCGAGUGGGUGCGAGUGAGAGUGAGUGGCAAAAUGUAAUGAAAAACUUCACACUGAAUGCUUAUAUAGGUUGUUCAAAGGAAAAGGGCUACAGGUCAAAGAUCUUCAGUGCCUGAGGAGGAACAUUGACUUAAUUAGCGCAAUUGUGGGGGGAAAAUGCAGUACUAUUCCAUCAUCAAGCCAUGUAAGCAUAAAGGAGAAUAGGAUGCCCAUAUAAGUCCAAGGAGAAUGAGCCCAGGUCUUGCUAAUGAAGCACCGUGUGAAUGGACAACAUUGAGUGAAUGUCUGGACUCAGUGCUGUGGGGCCACGUGUGUGUUUCAAAUCUGGGGCUCUUUGCUCAUGAAGCAGACUCCUAGCCUUGGAGUGGGGUGUGUACGAGAGUAUGGUUGUGAUGCUGUAUGUGAACGCAUGCAAGCUUGAUUUGCCUUCAGGGGGCUGAUAAUAACCCUAGUCAAUCAUCAAAAGGAGUGUAUAAGUGUUAACACUGGACACAAAAACAGAGACCGGUUUAGCAGCAGACUAUGGUUUUACUCCUGCAGCCUGUGUUUUGUUUUAUUCCCCACCCCUUUUAUUUUAGUUAUUUUCUUUCCUGUAUGGCUUAUUACUAGUUGCUUGUAAAGUCAGAAAACUUUGAGGAAGGCUUCCCUGUGCAUUUGCACCAGAUGACUGUUCAUUGUUUACAAAAAAAAGCUUUCCAUAUCAUCAAAACUAAUUUGUGUAGAUUUUUUGCAUGAAACUCAUACAAACGUUUCCCUCUUCCAACUAUUGUGUUGCAGUACACAAAUUGCCAUAUAAUACUAGAAAACAAUAAAAAAACAAGUUUAACACCAUCCUUUUCAUUUUCAGAGACGACAUAAAGCUAUUUUUGCAUGUGGUAAUUUACAGCAUAGCUCAUUUUUAGAUUUUAUUGAGUCCUGUAACCAGCUGUUUCUGUUGUGGUAGGAUACCGUGCUGUGUUUCAAUGUUAUUUGUUUUCAAACUUUGUUUUCUAUGAAAAUGAUAUGGAAACCUCAAAAUAAAAUUUGGUGCAUAUGUACUGCUGAAAAGAUUGGAGAUGUGAAUAGAUGUACAAAUCAAGUCAUGGUUUGAACACCGUUAAUAAUACCACCUAAUCUGUCCAAUUGUUCUAGACUUUUUAUCUUUAGAUGUAGGCAGCCAUGAACAAUCUAUUUUGAGCCACUUUAGAGAGAACUUUGUAUUCUUAACUUGCAUACAAAAUGCAAGUGGUUUUUAUAAUUGGAAUAAUACCUCAGUUUUGAGGUUCUGCACACUAAAUUAAAGUGACAUUGCAAAUAUGUACAAAAGGAGAACUCUUUAUAAGGUGGCUCAUUGUAGGAAAUGCUGUGCCUUCCCCUUUGAGCACAAGUGUUGCAUGAACAACAGUUUGCUAUAAGAAAACAUACCAGGUUAGCCACCAUUAGCAUCUAUAUCUACCUUGUGGUUGUUUUUUUUAAAUCAGCUGGUAAUUCUGAAACGCAGUAGAAUGGAUAAAGAUUAUUUUGUGAUCAUAACUCUUUGUUGGACUAGAGUAUUUUUGCAGCAUUCCUUGUCAUCAGAAACAUGGUUAAAAGUUUAAAACUAGAUGCAGCAGAAAACUAGCUUGUGAAAUUUAUCCAAGUAGAAUGCAGGCUAGGCUGUCUUGGGGAAAAUAAACAUUAAAACUUACAACAAUGUUACAUUGGUGUAUGCAUUUUUGUCUAUACAAAUAUUUACAG